AUGGACACCUCAUCAGACUUGGACAACAACAAAAUGCACGAUGAUCCAAUCACAAACAUUGGAAACAUCACAUGUUCGAACAUUCCAAAUAUAGUCACAGGCAAUAUCAACAACAGUAGUACAUCAAAUAUAAGCAUACAGCUCAAUGGAUUGAGCAUUAAGAAGACACCAUCGACGACGAUGACGAAUAGCUUAAAGUUCUCACAGGUGAUUCAACCACCAACGGUGACACCUGCACCUGGCGCAGACGGCAGGGACAGUCCGAUAAAUAGUAACGACACAUCGCCAUCGUCAUCGUCAUUCUUUUUGUCCAACCUCAGCGACACUAUGAUGGUCAAUGGCAGUGGCGGCAACAGCGGCAAUGGCGGCAUUCCAGUGGACGGCGGCGACAAUGGCGGCAGCAAUCCAACAUCUUUAUCAACUUCACCCAGCCAAUCAACACUUUCCAAUCCCCUGCUGCGACUUUCAUCCCUCCCCGAAUCCUGCCAGCCCAUCGGGCUGUCCAGCCCAUUUUCAUUCAGCUCGUCGGCCGUCUUCUCCAGCAGCAGCAGUAGUGGCAGCGGCUCCUCCUCCACACUGGCCUCGACAUCGUCCAAUCCCAACUCGAGCUCUGGCUCCUAUUUCUCGUCGUCUUCGUCACCGACUUCCUACCCAAGUUUGCUGAUCGAUGAGGAUCGCGAGCGCAUGAAGCAGGAGUACGAGUCGAUGAAGAAGCCCGAGGUGCACUCGAGGAAGUCACACAAGAAGCAUCAUCGUCACUACUCUCACAACGAUCUCGACAACCGCAAGCAUGACGAGGAGAAGUUCUUCAGUUCUCUGCAACCAAACAACUACUCCAAGAAUCGCUAUCAUGAUGUGUUGCCAAAUGAGUCGACUCGAGUACGUCUCUCGCCUCUCGAGUAUGGCGAUGGAGACUAUAUCAACGCCAACUACAUCAAUGGCGAGGUGCCAAACUCUUAUCGCAACUACAUUGCGUGUCAAGCGCCACUCGAGUCCACAAUCAAGGACUUUUGGAGAAUGGUCUGGGAGGAGAAAUCCUAUGUAAUAGUAUGUCUGACACGACUGGAAGAGGAUGGCAAGAAGAAGGCCGAUCAGUAUUGGCCCGACACUCUGAAUGAGCCAAUGAACUAUGGCUUGUUCUGGGUGCAAUUGCACAAGAAGAUCAUGUUUAAGGAGAUUGGUGUCACGUUGUGCCACCUGUAUCGCAAGGGCGAAGAGUUCCCUCGCGAGGUAGCCCUGCUGCAGUACACACAGUGGCCGGACAGUGGCGUGCCAACGACCAGCGCACACAUCCGCACCCUCUCCGUACUGGUCAACACAUUUAGACAGCGCGGCAACUUGAAGAGCUCGAACGGACCAGCCAUCGUGCAUUGCUCGGCGGGUAUUGGCCGCUCGGGAACAUUCAUCGCCAUCAACAUCAACAUGGCCAAGAUCGAGAAGUCGGUCAACAACAACGAGGCGCACAUCAACAUCUCGAUCAAGGAGACGGUGAUGGAGAUGCGUCGCCAGCGACGCGGCAUGGUACAGACGUUCGAUCAGUAUACGUUCAUCUACAAGGUGAUCAACGACGUGCUCAAUGACAUGGGUCGCACCCUGGCCUCACCGGCCAAGCGUCGCUCAUGUGAGAUGCUUCGUACUCAACAGGUAGUGCCCCGUCUCGAUCUGGUCAAUCGCGUGGCCAACAACGACCUCAAGUCGUCUUUCACGCCAUCACCCGAGACUGCGGCCUCGCUCUCCAUCAUCACACAAAUGACACAGACCCUCAAGUUCCCUCAGUCCACUCACUUUGACACCAACACCAAUCCAUUCUCCAAGUCCAAGUUCAAGAUGCCCUCAGCACUCAGCUUCACCUCUCCAGCAACUGCCUCAUCCCUCACCAGUGCCGCAACCUCUGCCUCUGCUUCAUGUCCAUCGCUUUCCAAAAACCAUCAUCAACAACAACAACAACAACAUACUCAACAAACAAUAGCACCAACAGACAACAACAACAGCGCACCAAUAUUGUACCAUCAACGAAGUGUAUCGUCAACACUACCAAGUACCAACUUCUCAGCAUUAUCAUCACAUCUACUCUUCAAGAAUAGUGGCAACAACAGCAAUAGCAAUAGCAACGGCAACAACAGCAACAAUGGCAGUAAUGGACCAAACGACUUUGACAGUCUGAAUCGUUUCAACAACAGCUUCUUGAUAUACAACUCCAACACAAACUCCAAUCCCGAUCCCGACCCAGACACCGAUAUCGACAUUGACGUUGCCACACCCGAAAUCGCUGGCGACAAGACUACCAACAACACUGACAACGCAUCCUCCACCGCCACCACCAACACCAACACCAACAUCAUCACUCCACUACCAUUGAACAACAUUGUUGUUGAGCAAAAUGCAGUGGUUGUCAACGACGAUGGCAGCAGCAGCAGCAGCAGUACAUCGACAUCCACAACAACGACAACAUCCACGACAACAACAUCAACUACACAAGGUUCACCAAGGAACGUAUCAUCCAUCAAAUGCUUUUGA